AUGUCUCAUCCAUGUUUAUGGCUUGGGGGAACUUAUUUCUAUCCCAUAGGCAAUACUUCUGCGGUAUGCUUAACUCGAGACCUGCCUCCAGAAGAAAAUGCAACUGUCCUUCUCCUAGGAUGUGGCGAUCCCAGGAAUAUCCUGUAUACUAUCUACGCCAGUGGAGCUGACACGGGAUCGUUGUCUCGAAACCUCGACUUCACCUGUUGUGACGCCGAGGGUGCUUAUCUUUCGUCUUGCGUCGCUGACAAUAUACUAGCUCGCAAUAAAAUUGAUCAGAUCUGGGACAUUUUCUACCACUUCUAUCUUGAUGACAAUACAUCAUUGCUACUUUCAAGUCAAUCUCGAAAGCUCGCCAACAUGUCCCAAGAUCUUGCGACGUGGGAGAGAAGCAAAUACGGUCCAUUCUUGAGGAUGUGCACAGGUCGCACUCUCUCAGUCCUCCGCGAUUACUGGACGAUAUAUGCAGAGACAAGCAACUUCACACAGGCGCAGCAAGAUAAAAUGAGAGAGACGCUACAGGAAUGCGGUCGUUCAGCCGGGCCUCUAUCAGACGAUGUCACUGGACUUGUCAUGGACCAUACCUGCAGAUUUUGGAUGUCUGGUACGACUUCAAAUAAUCCACAACAUCUAACACGUGUCAAUCCCACCUUUGUGUAUUCGUCCAAGUGUGACAGGUUUCUGGUCCAUUAUGGCACCGAUCCGCUCUUAUCCUUCCACCUUGCGGAAGCUUACACCCAGACACGCGAUACCCCCACAAUUGACAAUAUCGUAGCAGGCUCAAAAGCUCAGUUUCGUCGAUGGUGUGCCGCUUUUGUCGAUGUUCUUCGUACGGAUGCCACACGGCCUCGGGUGGUAGUGAGGUUUUUCGCAGGUGACGCCUUAGCUUUUUGUCGUGCUCUGCUGUCUUGCAGUGUAACUCGAGCAACCGUCACUCCUUUGUACCAUUCCCCCUGGAGUGUAGAACGCAUUCAUUCGAAUGAUGCCGAUUAUGGAGCUAAUGCUAUAUGCUCGGCACCGAUGGAUUUCAAUAUCAUCGAGACAUCCAAUAUCAUGGAUCAUAUCGGGCUGCUUAAUGUUCUCAUUUCAGCCUCUCCGUUGCUGAAGCGAAGUCUCUCUUCGACUCUAUACACCGAAUCAUUGUUAUCCGUAGGAACAGACCCUUACACUGGGAUGCUGCAGCGUGCUUGUGUUGACAUACCGACGUUAUCGUUACUGAUUGGCCUUAUUCCGUCCACUUUUGUUUCUGGGUUCACUACCGAAUCCAACAUUCAUGAAAUUAUCUCUGCUCGCAUCCAUGGCCGGUCCCCUCAAGUUCACGAGCGUCUUUCAUGGAAGGUAGCUGCUGGAGGAGAUACCGUUGCCCAGCGUGACAUCGGCAUCAGUCGCUCGGUGAUAUUUUCUUCUCAGCAGCUGGCCGGGAUUCUUUUCAAUAUAUACUUGAAGAUGUUCGCCAACGACUCAGAGGACAUGAAUAAGGUGUAUGAACUGGUCGUUUACGAUAAGGAAGUGCAGAAUAUAAUACACUACACUCCUCGCGCCUUUGCAGAGCUUGUGAUGGUUGCCAAAGAGAGAUUACAGCAACAGGACUGGAAACAUGUGAUGGACAUAUUUCACGAUCUGCUCGUUAAUGACCGCACUCCAUUUACUGGCCACGAUUACUAUCAAGAUUUAUUCUGCCAGUUUUAUCUCCUUGGUAUAUAUUCUGCCCUUCCACAAGGCGCACAAAAAACCAAUAAUCCAGCUGUCUUCCGAGGCUGGAAGACCGUCCCAACUACUGUCUGCAUUAUCCCAAGGCAGGUUAUCACGUCUAUAGCUCCUUUGCUUGACAAAAUAGGGACACCUAUACUCCAUUGUGAGAUUCGAGACUCGACAACCCUGGACGAAUUCUCAUGCAUCCACACCACAUAUGGUAAACUCAUACUCUCCGGAACUCGGGAAAACCAAAGGGCAGUGAUCGCUGAAGACCUCUCCGGCCGGAUGACGAACACUCUGAUCGUGUCUUUCUGGGCACCUUCCAGCACUUUAAUGUUAGAAUCUUCCGCAAGUGUCGGAUUUUACCUCCGUUCCACUCCUGCUGCCAAAACAUUGUUAGGCAUAUUGGGACCGGAUUUGAUGAUAUACAGCACGGAGAUUACAGACGAACAACGUGUACACGUCCUUACAGAGCGUCCUAAUCUCGACGGAGAAGUAGAAGAAACCGCUGCUAUCCUCGAAGAAGCACAAGAGAGAGACACACAACCUACACAUAGCGUUGUCGUGGCCAUGAAUUCUGCCUGCGAGAAAAUCGAAAAUCUGACAACCCGAGUUUAUAUUACAAACGCUAGAACAAGGCCGUCUUUGGCUUCAGCUAGCAGCUCUAUAGUCACUAUGGAGCAGGUCACCCCUUUCGUAGUGCAGAUCCAUAUAGGAGAAUAUAGGCGUGUGGUCUUAUUUCCCUUUGCCAUCGACGUUGCGGAGUCAAAGGUGCAGGUGGCACGUAAGUCCAAAUAUAUAGAGAUUGUUUCGCCUUUGUCUCUUGGCUAUGUCAAAGGUCGACCAGACAUCCUCGUAGGAAAAUUCCUGCUCGUAAUGCAAGGACAAACUGCAACGCUGUGGAAUGUACACCGGGUCAAUCUCGACCGCCUGCCUCUUCUAAAAGAUGAAGACUCGGGGAAAGUGCGGUGGAUGAAUCAUCAUCUUUGCUUGAUGUACUCUGACAGGGAAAUAAAGGUUCUUCAAGACGUGAUGGUGAACCUCAAGAAUUCUAUCUGCAUGAUGUUUACUAGUUUCAUUGGUUUUCCCAACGCGAGGAAGCGCCCGCUUGCAUUUGGUCUAUUCAUUCCAUCCAUAGCCAAUGUCUACACGAUAAUCUUCAUGACUGGCAUUCGACUCGAUCUCAGCUCUCAUACUGUAGUAGCAAAUGUAUGGGUGAUGCCUCUUCCCCUUCCCAUCAGCUCUAUGAACGCUCUAGGCACCAUCUCUGUGAAGCUAUUGCAUAUCGAAACCGACUUUGAGGAGAUGAGAGCGUGGAAGCAACUUUUACCAGUGCUGACAGAACGCUGCCGGACGUGGAGACAUAAGGAAAGCUGCGAGUACCUCGCAAAGGGGAUUGUUCCGUUGUCUUUGGAAUGUUCAGAAAGUCCAAUCUGUACGUGUGGACGAGGAGUGGACACAGCUGAUCUACAGAAGGUGGAGGAAUGGAAACACUUGGCUCCGUUUGUCACCAGGGCAGCGUUGAGCCCUAUAUUUUCUGUAUCGUAUCUGGAAAGCAAACAGUCGACAUCUUCAACCACCCCAACCACCGAAGGGUCCACGGAACGAGAACCUGUCUGUGCAGCAUGCGGUAACAAAGGAAAACCAAACCUACUUAGGUGCAGUAUAUGCAAGAAAGUAUAUUACUGUUCUGCUGAAUGUCAGCGAUGAGAGUGGAAGAAGCACAAGUUACAGUGUACUGUGUGAUGAAACAUCAGAGUUGCUCACGAGCGAGAUUGGUUUGAACGAAUACAUAAUAUGUUUUGGACACUUGUCAGUGUAGUAUCUUCGCUAUGAUU